CUUACUCUUUCUCUGUUCUCUACCUUCAAUGUCACCUCAAACUUUCGAUUCCCUUCAAAAAUCACCAAACCUGCUCGGAGAACCGUCAUUGCCUCUGCCACCGGCGGCUCCGGCGUGACACCGCCGUUCAACGGGACCGUAAUCGCUGCUAUUGGCGGAAGCUCGGUAGCUGCGUUGGCUGCGGUGUUCCUGCUAGCUGAUCCCGACGGGCGGCGGCGGAUGCAGGCAGAGACGGUCGGCGGCGACGACAAGGAGGUGGUGAAGGAAUACUUCAACAGCAAUGGAUUCCAGAGGUGGAAGAAGAUAUACGGAGAAACCGACGAUGUGAAUAAAGUUCAGUUGGACAUUAGAUUGGGGCAUUCUAGAACUGUGGAGAAUGUGAUGAAGAUGUUGACUGAUGAGGGCCCUCUACAGGGAGUUACAGUCUGUGAUGCAGGUUGUGGGACCGGAUGUUUAUCGAUUCCGUUGGCGAAAGAAGGCGCAAUUGUAUCCGCCAGUGAUAUCUCUGCUGCUAUGGUUGCUGAGGCUGAGAAACAGGCAAAAGAAGAGCUUUUAAAGGGGUUUGAUGGUACGCGUCCUACAUCAGUUAUGCCUAAGUUUGAAGUGAAGGACUUAGAAAGUUUAGGUGGGAAAUAUGACACGGUUGUGUGUUUGGAUGUUUUGAUACAUUACCCACAAGUUAAGGCUGAUGCAAUAAUCGCUCAUCUUGCUUCAUUAGCUGAUAAUCGCUUAAUACUGAGCUUUGCUCCAAAAACAUUUUACUAUGAUCUCUUGAAGAGAAUUGGAGAGUUGUUCCCUGGACCUUCGAAGGCUACAAGGGCAUAUCUCCAUGCUGAGGCUGAUGUGGAGCGAGCAUUGGCAAGAGUUGGGUGGAGGAUAAGGAAGAGAGGUUUAAUAACCACACAAUUUUAUUUUGCAAAGGUUGUUGAGGCUCUCCCUGCUUUAGGAUGAAAGACAUGUUAGAUCGCAGUUUGCUCUUUUUUAUUACAUCUCUUGGUGGUUAGGAAUGAACAAGCACCCUCUAACAUUCUUUUGUAAGCUCCAGACUAUGUAUCCAACUUUAGGACUGCAGGUUAGAUAAUCAUAUUUUGUAUAAUAUAGUCAACAGUGAUUUUUAUUAAACAUGUAUGCUAGGUCUGAACAAUAUAUUUUAACAUCCCAAAUAUCAAGCUAAUGGAGACCAAAUAAUCAAAAUUUCUAUA